GCCAGGCCUGACAGACUUUUCCCUUCUCCUCCUCUCUGUGCGAGCCUAAACUUAGAUGUCAGGAAGGAGCAGUAAGAGAAUUACUAACGGAAAGUAACACUGGCUUCACUCGGUGGUAGAAGUCGCUUUGCUUAGAGUCUGUUUCUUUUCUUUUCCCAAGCCCCCCGCGUAACUCCACUUUAUUCCUAUGUAAACCCCAAUACAGAGGCAAUCAUGGCUUUAAAUUUGCUAAUGCAAACCCAUGGCAGCUGGAGAAUUCUGGGAUGUGGUUGCAAUAACAGCAGCUGAUGAAAAGCAGGAGCUUGCUUACAAGCAACAGCUGUCAGAGAAGCUGAAGAAAAAGGAAUUGCCUCUUGGAGUUCAAUACCAUGUUUUUCCAGAUCCCGCUGGGACCAAAAUUGGAAAUGGAGGAUCAACACUUUGUUCCCUUCAGUGUUUGGAAAGCCUCUAUGGAGAUAGAUGGAAUUCCUUGAAGGUCCUGUUAAUUCACUCUGGUGGCUACAGUCAACGCCUUCCCAAUGCAAGUGCUUUAGGAAAGAUCUUCACAGCCUUACCACUUGGUGAACCCAUUUAUCAGAUGUUGGAGUUAAAACUGGCCAUGUACGUGGACUUCCCCUCAAACAUGAAGCCUGGAGUCUUGGUCACCUGUGCAGAUGAUAUUGAACUCUACAGUGUUGGGGACUGUGAGUACAUUGCCUUUGACCAGCCUGGCUUUACUGCCCUAGCCCAUCCGUCUAGUCUGGCUGUAGGCACUACACAUGGAGUAUUUGUCUUGCACCCCGACAGUUCCUUACCAUAUGGUGACCUCGAGUACAGGCAAUGCUACCGUUUUCUCCACAAGCCCACCAUUGAAAACAUGCACCGCUAUAAUGCUGUGCAUAGACAAGGAAGCUUUGGUCAACAGGACUUGCCUGGAGGUGACACUGCCCGUCUUCCGUUGCACACUGAGUAUGUCUACACAGAUAGCCUGUUUUACAUGGAUCACAAAUCAGCCAAAACGCUACUUGAUUUCUAUAAAAGUGAAGGCCCACUCAACUGUGAAGUCGACGCCUAUGGAGACUUUCUUCAGGCACUGGGGCCUGGAGCAACUGCAGAGUAUACCAGGAACACGUCUCAUGUCACUAAAGAAGAGACCCGGUUGUUGGACAUGAGGCAGAAAAUAUUCCACCUCCUCAAGGGAACACCACUGAACGUUGUUGUUCUUAAUAACUCCAGAUUUUAUCACAUUGGAACACUGCAAGAGUAUCUGCUUCAUUUCACCUCUGAUAGUACAUUAAAGUCGGAGCUGGGCUUACAAUCCAUAGCUUUCAGUGUCUCUCCAAGUGUUGCUGAAUGCUCCAGUGGAACAGCCUGUAUCAUUCACAGUAUACUGGAUUCAGGAUGCAGCGUGGCCCCUGGCUCAGUGGUAGAGUAUUCUAGAUUGGGGCCUGAGGUGUCCAUCGGGGAAAACUGCAUUAUCAGCAGUUCUGUCAUAGCAAAAACUGUUGUGCCAGCAUAUUCGUUUUUGUGUUCUUUAAGUGUGAAGAUAAACGGACACUUAGAAUAUUCUACUAUGGUGUUUGGCAUGCAAGACAACUUGAAAAAAAGUGUUAAAACACUGGAAGACAUAAAGGCACUUCAGUUCUUCGGAGUCUGUUUUCUGUCUUGUUUAGACAUUUGGAAUCUUAAAGCUACAGAGAAACUGUUCUCUGGAAAUAAGAUGGACCUGAGCCUGUGGACUGCACGCAUUUUUCCUGUCUGUUCUUCUCUGAGUGAGUCGGUUACAGCAUCCCUUGGGAUGUUAAGCGCUGUAAGGAACCAUUCACCAUUCAACCUGAGCAACUUUAAGCUUCUGUCCAUCCAGGAAAUGCUUGUCUACAAAGAUGUACAAGACAUGCUUGCUUAUAGGGAACAAAUUUUUCUAGAAAUUAGUUUAAAUAAAAAACAAUCUGAUUUAGAGAAAUCUUAAAUUGAAUAUAUUUUGCCCAUGAACAAAAUUGCAAAUACAGGCAUAUUCUAUACACCUCGGAUGUUUUUGUUUGUUUUAAUAAAGCAAUAUAAUAAAAAUUAUGUUAAUAUAACUGUUGUAGCUUGGUAAUGAGAAUGGUACAACUGACCACUUCUGCUAGAAGUACGUUCCAGGACUAAAGUCAGGAAAGAUAUGCUGUUUUAGAUGUUUGCACCAUCUUAAAAUUUUGCUCUUUGGUAGGAUGAUUUUCUAAACAUACCUUUAAAGUUUUUCAAUCUUCUUUUGAAAAUUGGACCAAUAAAGUUGUAGGUGAUCUUGAGGACUGUAUUACUCUACUUCUCAUAGUGAGACAACACAUAACAAAACAUUGAUAUAAAUUUUUAGAAGAAAUGUCAUUAUUUGAGUUUUUCUUUGAGGAUUUUGUUCUUGUUUUAUUUUAUGUAUAUAAAUGUGUUACCUGCAUGUAUGCAUGUGCACAACAUACUUGUGGUACCCAGAGGCUAGAACAGCUGUUCUCAAACUGUGGGUUGUGACCUUUUGUGGGAUCAAACAAUCCUUUGAGGGGUAACCUAAGUCCAUUGGAAAACAAAAUAUUUACAUUAUGAUUUAUAACAGUAGGAAAAUUACAGUUAAGAAGUAACAUAAUUUUAUGGUUG